AUACAGCGCUUUGUUUAUAAACUAUAAGAAAAUGUUUUAUGACUGAUUUCUUAUUAUCCAUUGUUUAUGAGAUGAGUCACAGGCGUUCUAUGACCGUAGAAGGCUAACUGCUAUAACAUUGAAUAAAGAUUUCUCUUCAUUAAGAUAAAUGCAAUGUCUUUAAAAAUGUCUCUCACAUUUUUCAGAAGUUUGCAUAUGUUUCCACUAUUCAGUUUAUUGUCUGCGUGGACUGAUCAGAAUGACAACUACGAGUACCAGUGGAACAAGAGCGUGGCACACUUGGAUUACUUUCUGUCCCUGUGCCCCAAUGUGUGCUAUGAGGAAGAGAAGAUAACUCUUAUUACUUUUGAAAGAUGUUUUGACAUUGAUUGCUUCCCUUGCGAUUGCCAAAAGCCACGGUGUUUGAUUUACGGCACUUGCUGUCCGGAGGUGAGCUCUUUGCCUGGAAAAGAUGACGGUGCUAAUUCUAAAAUUGCGGAUUAUUUUUCAUUUCCGCUUCCAAGUGAAGCAAACGAAACGAAUUACGAACAGACCAAAUUAACGUGCAGUGAGAACCACAGGGGAAUUCUACUUCUACGCUCUUGCCCAGACGAUUUCACUGAUCUGAGGGUGAGACAGUGGUGCGAGGAAGAUCUGUUAGGUCAAGAUCUGGAGUAUGAUAAAAACCUGAUGGAUGUACUCACAAAGGUCAGUGAUCCGGUCACAGGGGUCACCUACUACAAUAAAUACUGCGCUGAGUGUAACAAUGCUAGUUAUCUGGUUUCCUGGAGUGUAAAGAUUGAGUGCUAUCACUACCUCUAUAUCUACAAGUCCCUAGAACCUAACGAGCUCCUGAGACUGAGUUUGGAUAAUGCAUCCACCUGCAAUGUAAAAGACCAUGUACCGGAUGCUAACUCCAGCUACCUGACAUGCGACAAAAGCAACAAUUGGUUUGACAAAGUUAUUGGAGUGUGCAAUAUAACAGGAAAGUGGACGCUGUAUGAUUCAGAUGUUGAAAGGUUAUGCUCUCAGAUCGCUGGACAUAGUUUUCGUGUGAGGAAACAAAGCCUGUCCUACUCAAAUGUAUUCUGCGCGAUUUGCAAUUCAGAGCAAUAUCCUUAUCUAAAGAGUCAUUGCUCAUUUACUCUGCCUGGUAUUAUUUCUCAUGAGUUACCACCAUUUACAAUAUUAUUGAACUUUUACGGGAAAAUGUUAUCCGAAGCGCCAUCAAAAACAGAAAUACAGUCCUGUUCAAAAGAAGAAUGGCCAGGACCAGGGAAUCGAUGCUUUCUGAUACACUGUGCUAAAGGGAAACAGCUUAGAAGUAAGCGAUGCGUGACUGCCUUACAAGAAAUACGUGGAUUAGGAUAUAAAGCACGAUUAGAAUAUACACUGAAUUAUAGCCAAGAUGGCGUGCAACCAUCGGAAAUUACCUACAAUGACAUUUUUUAUUUUUCUUCUAGUCUGUCACAUUGGUUUAGUGUAAACAUGUCAACUAUUUUAGAAGAGUUGUGUUUAAGUUUGAAUGUCAAAUCGUUUAUUCCAAACAAAUAUAGAUCAUUAGAUGCUCAAUAUAGUCCGGAUGUAUAUCUUCCUUCCUUUUUAGUAUUAGAAGUAUUUAUAAUUACACAGAAAGAAAUCAGUAGAGAUGAAGCAGAAAAAUUGUGGCUGGAAAUGCUGUAUCAAACUAAUAUCACACUUUUAGUUGGAGAAAGGGUGAUGACUCUAGAGUUCGUUAGUAAUACUCUCUACAGAUCCAAAGGCUUAAAUUGCUCUUCAACAACUCACUAUUGUAUGUCUUUAGCUGACAUCUGUGUUCCUACACCAUAUCAAGUCAGUAAAAUGUGGUCCAGCAAGCAAGACUUUCUUUGGCUAGAUGAGCUCUUGACCUGCCCAUUUGUCCAUUUUAACAAGACACGAGUUCAAGUGGAGACUUUGGUGUCAGCAGAUACAUCAACAAAAUACAUGGUAAGAAUUGAUUUAGACGAUGCAGAGUUUAACUUCACUGAUAAAGACGAGCUUAAGAAAUUAUCAGUAGAAGAAGAUGGUGCUGUCAAUGUUUGUGUGGACCUUCUGGACUCUAAACUUGAAGAGUUACAAGAAAAACUGCAAGCUGCUGAAGCAAGUGAAUCUUUUCUAUCUCUUUACGUCAUCACGGUAAUAUGUCUGGGUGUGUCAAUGGUGUGUCUCCUGAUAACUGUAGUUACCUACAUCAGCUUCAGGACACUCCGAAGUGUGGCUGGUAUACACACUAUGAUUCUAUCUGCCACGCUUCUUUUAGCUCAGGCUUUGCUGCUGACAAUCUCUCACGUUCAAGCUCCAAGUAUCAUCUGUACAGUUCUUGGUGUUAGUACUCACUUCAUGUGGCUCUGUAUGUUUGCCUGGAGUUUGAUCUGCUGCUUUCACAUGUAUACAAUCUUUACUGCCAAAGUUAGAACUACCUGCAACACUAGUGACUCCCGCAAGCAUCUAAUCGUUAGGGUUCUAUGUAGUUUUCUUUUACCAGCUGUAAUAGUAUCCAUUGUAAUACUUGUAGAUUAUUUCACUUCUGAUGGCCAAAGAAUGGGCUAUGGAACUAGAACUUGCUAUUUAAACUCUAAGGAACUCAUUCUCUGCUCCGUGGCUGCUCCACUUGGUGCUGUGUUACUCAGCAAUGUUUUCUUCUUUGUUUCUUCAGUGAUGGAAAUUUACAAAGUCAAAAAGCUUCAAAGUCCAGACAUGUUUAAGAAAAGUGACCGCAGUGACCUUUAUAUUUACAUCAAGCUUUCUACAAUGACUGGAGUGUUCUGGCUACUGGCUCUCCUGGCCGAAGGAUUGGACAAUAAUGUGUUGCGUUACAUCUCUGUGGUAAUGAAUGGGUUACAAGGGAUGUUUAUAUUCAUGUCGUACGUCUGCAACAAAAGAGUUUGGACAUUGUACAAGGAAAUUUGGUCUUUGCGUCAACUGCUAGAUCGCUCAGAGAAGGGAACUUUAAGUCAGUUAGCAUCAGAAGUACAAGCACAUUAAGAGAAUUUGUCAACAGCUUAGGGAUUGAGCAACUAGCAUUAACUAAAUUGUUUAUUGCUUUCUGUCUGCACCCAUGAAAUGUCUUCAGUACAAUACUCAUAUCAACUCUGUCUGGUAAAAAGUGUGUUAUGUUAUUUCUCCGACACCCACUCUUGGAUCAAGCUGAAAUUUCGCAAAAUUAUUUCUUUAAAAGAACCAAUAAAAAAAUAAAUUAGUUAAUUAACUAUCGUUAGUUAAUUAUUUUGUUUUGGAAUUUUGAAAAAGGGAAAAAAAUUGUACUUUACUGAAAUAAUGGAAAAGAUGAAUUAGUCCCCUUAA